AUGGAUGCUACCAAGGAGGUGCCUAUUGUUGGCAAUGAAGGAGAUAAUGCUGCUGCUGCUGCUGACAUUGAUCUCAACCUUGAUGACUUCGUGGUUGACAUGGAGAUCAAUGGAAGUGAAGCUGAAAAUGAGGAUGAGGCUGGCUCUGAUGAGGGUGUCUCCAACGAGACUGGAAACAUUGCUGUCAAGCUCCAGACUCAACUCACGAAGCAGCAUAUUCUCAUUGGGGAGCAGCGGUGCCGCAUCCAGAACUUGGAGGCUGAUUCUUUUAAGCUUCAAGCCUUGAUUGAGAAGCUGAACAAGGAGGUGCAGUUGAUCCCUAAGGAAAACACCACCUCCAGCCUCAUUGAGGACCUGCACGCCACUCUCAAGUUCGUGCAAGAUCAGCUCAAGACGCAUGAGACUCACAUCUCUCAGCUUCAGGCUCAGUACAGGGACGAGGCUCGCGUGGUCGCUGCGACCCUUGCCUUGGACGACACUGCGAGCAAGUUGGUGUAUGCCAACAAGCGCCACGCAGAGGCGAAUGGCCGCCCCUUUGGCUGGGAGGAGUUCAAAGCGGCCAUGCUGACGGCAUUCCUGGUUCAGCCCCCGGCGCUCGAGGUGCGUAGCCGCCUGGAGAAUAUCCAGUGCGGUGACCAGCCUGUACGCGAGUACGCGAAGGAGUUUGAGAAAACUCUGUCGCUGCUGAAGACUGCUCUUCCUGAGAGCGAGGUCAUCCACCAGUUCUUCAAGGGACUCCCCGAGCACAUCAAGCGUGUGCAUGUGGUGAAGGGGGAGCACCAGUGGAAGACCUACAAGGAGUGUAAGGAGCAGGUCAUCAGCACGGAUGUGCACUUCCGUGCGUACCUGGACCUCAAGAGCACUCGUGCUCAGCAGCAGCCUAGUGCCGAAGGCACUAGGGGGGGUGGUAGCAGGACCCAGGCACCCAGGGGCUGUGGCUCUUGGAAGAGGCCCUAUCAGCAGAAGGGGGAAUCCUUUGGGACUCAGUCCAUGAGGCCCGAUACGGGGCAUACCAAGGAUCCCCAGGAUGCUGAUAAGCCUCCUGCGGGCUGCCACAUCUGUGGCAAGCUCGGCCACAAGGCCUAUCAGUGCCAUUGGAGGAAGUCCGUCAAGAACUCCGGCAAGCCCAACCAGGGCAAGAAGCCGGAUGGUUCGGGCCCUUCGGGUUCGAAGGAUUUUCAGAAGCCCAACUAG